GGCAUUUUCGAAAGAAAGUUCAUGUUUGUGGUAGCGUGGUCAUUGACUUGAAUAUCGGGCUUGGUGUACAGAAAUUGAAAGAAAUAGCCCACUGGGCACAGACGUAAGUCGAUUCAACGUCUAUUCCUGUGUUUCUUCAAGUAAUGUCAUUGCAAUGACGUGCAAACAACGUUGAUUCAACCAGUGUGCGCCUAGUGGAAGGCAGUUUAUGUUAACAAGAAACGUGGACUAACGAGACAGACUUUUGGACAAUACAAGCAACAUUACAGAAGAUAACAGCAUCGGACUCUGCUCUGCACCGUGGAUCCUGACACCAAAGUUCAGUCACUGGUGGCAGAAGUAUUUCACACUCGAACAACUACUCCUCUGUAGUUUUGUUUUAUAAUCCUCUAUUAUUUAGCACUUUUUGCUGCACUGCAAACACCAUGGCAACCGCAGGGUAUGGAUAUUACCGCACCACCAUUUUCCUGGCCAUGUUUGUGGGUUAUACGCUGUACUACUUCAACAGGAAGACCUUUUCCUUUGUGAUGCCCUCUCUCAUGCAAGAGAUCAAGCUGGACAAAGAUGACCUGGGCAUGAUCACUAGUAGCCAGUCUCUGGCCUAUGCUAUAAGCAAGUUCAUCAGCGGUGUGUUGUCGGAUCAGAUCAGUGCCCGCUGGCUCUUCUCCAUUGGCCUGUUCAUGGUGGGUGCCAUCAAUGUGGUCUUCUCCUGGUCCUCUACUGUGGCCAUUUUCUCUGGCCUCUGGUUCCUCAACGGCCUGGGUCAGGGCCUGGGGUGGCCCCCAUGUGGCAGGGUGCUGCGCAAGUGGUUCGAGCCCUCUCAGUUUGGGACGUGGUGGGCGAUUCUGUCCUGUAGUAUGAACCUGGCUGGGAGUUUAGGCCCCAUUAUUGCAACGUUGAUGGCCCAGAGCUACAGCUGGAGGACGACCCUGUCCAUCUCAGGCCUCUCCUGUUGUGUGGUCUCCUUCGUCUGCCUGCUGUUGAUCAGGAAUGAGCCCAAAGACGUGGGCUUGCCCAACAUAGACACUGGGGGGGCCAAGAAGGGCAAAGCAGGCUCAUCCAGUGAUGAGACCACCUUCAAAGAGUUCAUCCUGUCCCCCUACCUGUGGCUGCUGUCUGUGGGCUACCUGGUGGUGUUUGGGGUGAAGACAGCCUGCACUGACUGGGGCCAACUCUUCCUCAUCCAGGACAAGGGCCAGUCAACACUCAUGGGCAGUUCCUACAUGAGUGCCCUAGAGGUGGGAGGCCUGUUGGGCAGUUUAGCUGCAGGAUACUUCUCUGACAAGGCUGUGGCACAACAAGGCAUGAAAAGCCAUGGAAACCCCCGUCAUUUUCUCUUGAUCUCAAUGAUGGCUGGGAUGUUUGGUUCCAUGUAUCUAUUCCGGAUCACUGUCACGCCAGACAGCCCAAAGAUGUGGAUCCUCUUCUUGGGGGCUACAUUUGGCUUCUCAUCUUACGGACCAAUAGCCUUGUUUGGCGUGAUAGCCAAUGAGAGUGCUCCUUCAAACUAUUGUGGAACGUCACAUGCUAUUGUUGCCUUAAUGGCCAACAUUGGUGGCUUCUGCUCUGGACUGCCGUUCAGCACCAUCGCCAAGCACCACAGCUGGGAAAUGGCCUUCUGGGUAGCAGAGAUGACUUGUCUCAUCACUACCAUCUGCUUUUUCUUGCUGCGGAACAUCACAACCAAGAUGGGUCACAUCCCCAAGAAGACUGACUGAUCACUACACCAACUCUCUGCUGUCAAUGUAGGAAAUUUAGGAUAAGAAUGUACAUUCUUAUUUACUAAGUGUUUUUGAUUUGAAAAAGGCUCAAUUGUAUUGACGGGAGACAUGGUCCUGUAUAUUCUUAUUUUAAGAGAUGGUGAGACAUGGAGUUGAGCGAGGAAAUAUUUAUUUUCACUGAAGAUGUAUUCAGAUGCAAAUACAUCAACCAUGUUGUGUUAACUCUUUUCAAUGCUCAUGGCAUAAAACAGAUCCAAGUAUUGAAAAUGUGUCAAUAUGAUCAUUUGAAACCAAGACACUUUAUGGUCAAAUGUACUGCUCACUUUUUAAAUUGGCACUGUACUCAUAUGGGUGAAAUGUGUUUGACUAUAUAAGACUUGAAUAAAAUACCUUAUGUUGUG